ACACACACUCUUACACCUUUUCCACGCACCCAUUGUCCCACUCUCCCUCCAUCUUCACUCUCUCCAAAAGCAAAGCAAAUAAAAGAGUAGAGAGAAAGCAAGAAAGAGAGAAUUAAGAGUACUGGUGGGUCUUAAUACAGUACACUUUUAUUCCCAAUAUUAUUCUUCAUCCAAAUUCUUCUCCAUCUUCUUCUUUCUUCACCAUGACCUCUAGAUUAACCCAAAAUAACACCAACGGCACUCACCAUCACCCUCAAUAUUACCCUCAACCUUCUUCUUUUUCUUCAUCUAAAGCUUCAUUUAAAGGCUGUUGUUGUUGCCUUUUCCUCCUUUUUUCUUUCUUACUUCUCCUUAUUCUCGCCGUUAUUCUAGUAAUAGUCCUUGCAGUGAAGCCCAAAAAACCACAGUUCGAUCUUCAACAAGUUGGUGUUCAAUAUGUUGGAAUUACCCGUAACCCAGCUGCCAUAGCCACGUCAUCCGCUUCUGUUUCGCUUAAUAUUCGAAUGGUUUUUACUGCUUUUAAUGAUAAUAAGGUUGGGAUUAAGUACGGUCAAUCGCGGUUCACGAUUAUGUAUCGUGGGAUUCCUUUGGGUCGGGGCACCGUACCUGGGUUUUACCAACCAGCUCAUAGUGUUAAGCGGGUUGAAACUACUAUUGUUGUCGAUCGGGUUAACUUGCUCCAAGCUGACGCGGCAGAUUUGAUUCGUGACGCGGCAUUGAAUGAUCGGGUCGAGUUACGGGUAUUGGGUGAUGUCGGGGCGAAGAUUCGCAUCAUUGGGUUUACUUCACCCGGUGUGGAGGUAUCAGUGGAUUGUGCAAUAGUUAUCAGCCCAAGGAAACAGGCUCUCACAUACAAGCAAUGUGGAUUCGAUGGUCUAAGCGUAUGACAGUACUGUUAAUUCACAAGGUUAACACACAUCUAUUUUGUUGGACUUGGUUAAAA